AAGAAAGUACUACGUAUAUAAUUUGAGCUAAUCCCCCUGUCCUUUCCUCCUAUCACUGUUCAAGUGAAAACAAAAUAGCGAGCAGUUUUUCUGCUUAAUUCUGGCCGUUGGUUUCGAGAGAGUGCCACAGUGCUGCUGCCUUUUGGUGUCCACGGAGGGAUAAGAGACGCUACAAAAACCAAGCAGCAGGUAAACCCCUCAACCCUUCCCUAGCUACCUAAUUAGGUAAGCUUUUAGUUUAUUCUUCAUUGUUUUCUGCCAUUUCCCUCUGAUUUAUGGUUAGGAUAUGCUAGCCAGUAGCCACACAUUUCAGCAAUGUCCUUUGGUUCAUAAUUUUACCUAAUUCGCUUGAUUUAUUUGUUAGUUUGAGAUUUUUUUAAUUAACACUGUCAUGUUACCCUGUAUAUUUUCUAUGAUUUAUUUGUCAGUAUAUAUUUUUGUUCAUUUUAGGUUUAUAUGGAUUCAACUAAUCCACACCAGUUUUGUGCACACAUAGUAAGCAAACAAUAAAAUCUUUGUAACCAAAAAACUUGCUCUGCCCUUGAGCCUUGUAAGGCCAUUGAUGUGCUGACUUCAUAGUUCAUAAACAAUAACUAGCAAUGGCCCCAGCUGCAGCAGAAACGAUCAAUCCUAGAGAUGUCUGCAUUGUUGGAUUUGCCAGGACACCCAUUGGUGGCUUCCUUGGCUCUCUUUCAUCAUUGCCAGCUACUAAACUUGGAUCCAUAGCUAUUGAAAGUGCUCUGAGGAGAGCAAGUGUUGAUCCAUCUCUUGUAGAAGAAGUUUUCUUUGGAAAUGUUCUGAGUGCAAACAUGGGACAGGCCCCAGCAAGGCAAGCUGCGCUGGGUGCAGGAUUACCAAACACAGUGGUCUGCACCACUGUUCACAAAGUCUGUGCUUCUGGGACCAAAGCAACUAUGCUUGCUGCACAGAGUAUCCAGUUAGGCAUCAAUGAUGUGGUUGUGGCUGGUGGCAUGGAAAGUAUUUCAAAUGUCCCUAAAUACUUUGCUCAAGCAAGGACAGGAUCUCGCUUGGGGAAUGAUUCUCUCAUUGACGGAAUCCUUAAAGACGGACUGUUGGAUGUUUAUAAUGAUUUUGGGAUGGGAAUAUGUGCUGAAAUUUGUGCUGAAAAUCACAAUAUCUCAAGAGAAGACCAGGAUGACUAUGCAAUUAGAAGUUAUGAACGGGGUAUCGCUGCUCAUAAUGCUGGAGCAUUUACAUGGGAGAUUGUUCCGGUUGAGGUGUCCGUGGGAAGGGGAAAGCCAUCCACUGUUGUUGAUAAGGAUGAAAGCCUGGAGAAGUUUGAUGCUUUAAAGCUGAGGAAACUCCAACCAAGUUUCAAGGAAGAUGGAGGCACCGUGACAGCUGGCAACUCUUCCAGCAUGAGUGAUGGUGCUGCUGCUUUGGUCUUAGUAAGCGGAAAGAAAGCCAGUGAGCUGGGUUUAAACGUGAUUGCAAGGAUCAUUGGGUAUGCAGAUGCUGCUCAGGCACCUGAAUUAUUUACAGUUUCUCCUGCUCUUGCAAUUCCAAAGGCUAUAAAAAAUGCUGGUCUAGAAGCUUCCCAAGUCGAUUAUUACGAAAUCAAUGAGCCUUUUGCAGCUGUAGCUCUUGCAAAUAACAAAUUACUUGGACUUAAUGAGGAUAAAGUUAAUGUGCAUGGUGGAGCCGUAGCUUUGGGUCACCCUCUUGGGUCCAGUGGAGCCCGUAUAUUGGCUACCCUUAUUGGGGUGCUGAAGCAGAAGAAAGGGAAAUAUGGGGUGGGGAGCGCAUGCAAUGGGGGAGGAGGUGCAUCUGCCAUUGUUGUACAGCUAGCCGCUCCCAGAAUGUGAGAUUGGGUAUCCUUAAGCAGAAGGCUGAGGAAGUGCUGAGUUUCAAGUGAAUGUGUUCAUAUAUUGUGAUCUCCAUCUCCUUCCCAAAUAAAAAAAUUGGAGUUCGUUUGCAUCACAUUGAAGUACAGUAAAUAAAUAAAAUUGUACAAUAAACUCUGAAUGACAAAUGUUAUCAUUUAGAUUUGCGUUCGCAUUUUUCGCCAAAAAGUGUGUUUUGACUUCAAAAGUAUAUUCUAUUUUAUCCUAGAGCGAUUCCUAACAAUAAAUGCCAUUGUGACUCAAAAAGUAAUUUAAUAAGUAGUAUAACUUUUGCAUGUCGAGAAUUC